AACCUUAGAAGUAGGUGAUAUCCGCUUCACGGAAGUUGACGUUGCUAACGACAGAGGCAUCUUUUCUGAUCUUUUCCCUCAUCAGAACUGGGAAUAAAACUUCAACAUCCAGUAAGGUUUUCGGAGAGUUUGCAGCUGUAAUGUGGGACGUGUGUCAUGUUGACUCUGGGUCUCUGGACUGAUGGCAGCUCUAGCGGUGUUGCGUUAUGCCGGCAGCAGUCCUCUGCUCUGGGGUUGGGGGCCCAUUCUGUUUGGCCUGCUGGGGUCUGUGUUUGUCCUGCUGCUGCCUUUAGUGGGCAUCGAGGAGCAAUGCUGUGCCACGCUCAAGGGUCUUGCCCUUCUGCGCUGUCAGAUGUGGGGGGGCAUCCAGAGGCCUGUAGUUCACACCACCAGCCUGGCGGUUCCUUUCACAGCACUAGACCUCCUGCCACAAAAAGUCAAGCCCAGUAAAGAGACUCAGUUGGAGGCAAAAGCAGCUCUCCAGCAGGCUCUGGAGAUGAAGAAAAGUGGGAAAAGAGAGAAAGCCCACAAGCUGCUUGUCCAUGCGCUCAACAUGAAUCCAGAGUUUGUGGAAGCCCUCACCGAAUUAGGAACCAUCCUGGAGGAGGAAAAAGACGUCGUCCAAGCGGACCACCUCUACACUAAAGCCCUCGCCAUCUCGCCGUGCCACGAAAAGGCUCUGGUGAGCCGGGAUCGCACGCUUCCAUUAGUCGAAGAAAUUGAUCAGCGACACUUCGGGAUCAUCGAUGGGAAAGUGCGACGUCUCAUGUCCAUACCCAAAGGGAACUCUGCCCUGCGUCGGGUCAUGGAGGAAACCUACUAUCAUCAUAUUUACCACACCGUAGCCAUCGAAGGCAACACGCUCACUCUGUCUGAGAUCCGCCAUAUUAUUGAGACCAGAUACGCCGUGCCAGGAAAGAGUCUUCAGGAACAGAAUGAGGCAAUUGGAGUUGACGUUGCCAUGAAGUACAUCAACACCACCCUACUAUCCCGGGAUGGAGCAAUCACAGUAAACGACAUCCUAGAAAUACACCGACGGGUCCUAGGCUACGCUGAUCCCGUGGAAGCCGGCCGUUUUCGUGUUAACCAAGUGUUCGUGGGACAUCACAUCCCACCGCACCCACAGGACUUAGACAAACACAUGCAGGAGCUGGUGCAGUGGCUGAACUCCGAGGAAACGCUUCAUCUGCACCCGGUGGAGUUUGCCGCUCUGGCGCAUUAUAAACUUGUUUACGUUCAUCCGUUCGUGGAUGGGAACGGACGGACGUCACGAUUGCUGAUGAAUUUAAUACUAAUGCAAGCUAGUUAUCCUCCAAUCACCAUUCGGAAAGAGCAGAGGGCGGAGUAUUACGCGGCGCUUGAUACAGCCAAUGAGGGCGACGUUAGACCCUUUAUUCGAUUCAUCGCGAAAUGCACGGAAAUGACACUCGAUACGCUGUUGAUCGCCACUACUGAACAUGCGGUCGGGCUGCCUGGUGCCAGUAAUCACGCAUGCCCUGACUGUAAACAGACCAUUCCAGUGCACAGCUGAGAGAGAUGCAUGUUGGGAAAUGUAAUGCAGAUUUGCAUGUGUGUGGAAGCUGAAGUGCCAUUUGGAACACAUCAAGCUGUUAUAAAUCAGUGUCCAACUCCAACCUUGUACUUGUGAAUUGUGGAUUACUGGUGGAUCCAUUUUCAAGGUAUUUUAUUUGCCCAAGAAUGUAAAUUUGCUUAUCCUCAAGUGGUUAUAACAAUUUAUGAGCUGUUUUUUUCUGUUGAACACAAGAUAUUUGGAAGUAAAAUGUUUCGAAUUUCAUAGUAGCAAAAAAUACUAUGGCUAAGACAAGUCAAUGUUUAGCAGAUAUCAACAUUCAUCAUGAUAUAUUUUGAGUUUAACAGUAAAAACUAAGUAAAAUGGAGUAAAUGAUUUGACAAUUUACAUUCUUGGGUGAACUGUCCCUUUAAGUGUUUUAUGCAUUUAUAUUAGUUAAUCUGAAAGUCACAAUGUUGCCAUCAUUUACUCCCCCUCGUGACUUUCAGCACCCAGAUAUUUGUUGAACUUUUAAUGAAGAUGUUGACAAAUGAAGAAUAUUUCAUUGAAAAGUUCAUCUAAAAAGUUCUUAAAGAGAUCUAAAUCUCUAUAAAUUAAGUUUGAUCCACAUAUUCCAACAAGACACAGUCAGAUUUUAGCUUUUAUUGACUCAUAAACAUUAAUCAAAGCGAUGUUUACUGAGUUCAGAUAUGAUGGAAGAAUCUGUGAUGCUCGAUUGGUGUGUGAGAACCAAUGGGGUUUAUUAUUGUUUGUCACAUGGCAUUUUUGAGCUUCCACAAGAACCAAUGAGCUUCUGUGCAGUUUCACCCAUCAGUGUCAAGAUUAAAUCGCAUUCCAAUUCAA